UGCUCACAGUAUCUUUGAUUGACUUGCUGAAGAGAAAUUUGCUUUUUUAAAAACUCCAGAUCACCACCAUACAGUUAUGUUUUUGAUUGGAGGCUUUGCAGGAUUUUGGAUAAUUGCACUGAUGACUCUUCACAGUGCAAAUUUGGGAGAGACCCAAAGAAACUCUCUCAAUGAGCCAGACGUCCCUUUCCCGCCUGCCCGUCCCACUGCUCAGAAUCUUGCUGCCAUUUGCCAUCAGGGUCACGGUCGCCCCAGAUACCCGGCCAGCUUCUUCCCGGGCUCCGGUGCCAGCCACUUCCGCCGUCGUGGAAACGCCAUCAACCGGCUGGAGUCGUGGUACAGUUUGUGCUGCAGUGGACAGGUAGCACAGCAGAGCAACCAGAUCCUCUGCUGCGCCCAACAAGCUUGGAAACAAGCUCUGUCCCAGUUCUGUGGGGAGGAAUAUGCCACCAUGACUCUUGCAUAUGAGUGCUGUCAGGACAAAGGAGAGGCGCGGUGGACGUGCUUCAACAGCGAGCUGCCAAACCCCAACUACAACCCAACACCGGGCUACACUGCACCCCAAGUUCCCCAGGAGCCAGGAUUCACCUUCAAUGCAAAUGCUUGUUAAAGGUCCCAGGUGCUCAGAAGAGGACAGGAUGUGCUUGUUUGUUUUAUGCUUAGCCAUUCAAGUUUUAUCUAGACCACUCCUUACUUUAACCCAGCUUUGUUGAAACAACAGAAAACACAUUUUUAAACUGCAGUUCCAAAUUUUCACUGUUUUAACUCAAAUAAAUUGUCCCCUGAAUGGAUUUCACACAGUUUCUGACAUGUAGUAUUCUUUGUUAGAAAAAUAAAGGAUGAAAUAAAGAAAUUAAAACUC